AUGACUCUGAAUAAAUUAUCGAUCGAUAAAGUGGAUGUAAAGAAUAAAAGGGUCCUGAUUCGAGUCGAUUUUAAUGUGCCGCUUAAAGAUGGCAAGAUUACAAACAACCAACGUAUUACGGCUGCAGUACCAACUAUUAAGUACGCACUAGAUAAUGGUGCAAAAGCUGUUAUACUGAUGUCACAUUUGGGACGUCCGGAUGGGAUGAAAAAAAUGGAAUUCACAUUGGAACCGGUUGUAGCGGAACUGAAAAACGCUCUCGGCAAGAAUGUCACAUUUGUGCAUGAUUGUGUUGGACCAGAAGCUGAAAAAGCCACAGCUGAUCCUGCUCCCGGCAGUGUUAUUUUGCUUGAAAAUCUCCGAUUUUAUUUGGAAGAAGAAGGAAAAGGUGUAAAUGAGCAAGGCGAAAAGGUCAAGGCAUCACAAGCUGAUAUCGACAAGUUUCGUGCAUCUCUGACAAAACAUGGCGAUGUUUAUGUGAAUGAUGCAUUUGGUACUGCACAUCGUGCGCACAGCUCCAUGGUUGGUAUCAAAUUGGACAAACGUGCCACAGGUUUUCUGAUGAAAAAAGAGUUGGACUAUUUUGCAAAAGCUCUAGAUAAUCCUGUCCCACCAUUUCUGGCAAUUUUGGGUGGUGCUAAAGUGGCAGACAAGAUUCAACUUAUUCGCAAUCUUUUAGAUAAAGUAAUAUUGAAAUACUUUUCUUGA